AUGGCGGCGCUCAAGCUCAACAACUGCAUGACGACGAGCUCCUCCUUGGUGCUUGUCCUGCUCGCGCUCUGGGCCACCCCGCUGGCCGUCGUGGCCGGCGACUCAGACAUCCUGACCGACUACAUCAUCCCGGCGACCACCAACGCAGCGAACAUCACGGGCGCGUUCUUCACCUACUCCGGCCUCCGCGGCGCGCUGGCCUUGCAGGCCCCGGAGAACUUCACGGCGGCCAAGGCCUCCAUGGCGGAGUUCCCGGCGCUCAAAUUUUUUUGCUAG